CACCCACUACCAGUGACCAGCGUGGACUGUGACCAUAAGCUAGCAGGACACACCGCAGUCCGGAGGGCGGCGGUGGGCGGUGCUCACAGCUGACAACUUGGGCUCCACAAAGCCCGUACUUGAGCUCCCGAAGCGGCUACAGCGGCCGAGAACACAAAGGGAUCAGGUCCACCACGCCUCAUUGGACAGAAGUGUAUCCCAAAUUUAGCGACCAGCCGGAAUCUAGGGGAGAUGGGAGACAACGUGGUGGACUACGCGGAGGAGCCGCCCUCUAUUGAGAUAACACCAGCAGACGGCGGUGGCGCGCCGGCGACCCUGUCAGAGAAAUUAUUAGAAGUCGAGAAAAAGGAGCGGAAAGCCCGACGGAGGCGACCGGGGUCAUUUUGGAAGAAGCCUCCUACUUUUGUUUAUGCAAACAAUUUUGGUUUUGGAGUGCAAAGUUAUCAGCCUAUGAUAGAUUAUCUGGACGCGAAGGACGGUGGAGAGAAGGUAAACAAAGACGAUGUACAUCUUCCGUCGCUGGAGGAGCGGUGCAUGAGGCAGCACGCGUCCGACAAGCCCUUCAAGUGGUAUAAAAACCGGGAUAUUGACAGAUACAUUGACAAGGGGGAGAAAAUCCGCACGCAGAUCAGGCAGAACGAUGCUGUUGGUGUGAGCAACGUACUCAGGCGCACACACACCAACUGGUCUAUGACAAGGAAGUGGGUUCAACUAGUCAAGAAUUCGUACGUUGUCGACUAUCGUAAAUUACACAAAAAAGCGUCAGAGUUUGAAGAUACGGACUACCGCUCGCCAACACCAAUCAAGGUCGUGGACUACAGGGAACUCACGCCAAAACCUCGCUACCUCGACGAUUUAUCCUCCGAGUUUGCCAGUGUAGUGAGAACACUCGCCCAGAGCAGGAAGGAGCACGAGGAGAAGAUGGCGGAACGCCGGGAGAAGCUCAACAUAUUAGACAACAAAUUUGAGAGUACAGUCGAUCAUAUUAAUGAGCAAAUGAGGCGUAUCAAUCAACGCGCUGACCAGUUUUCUACCGCCUCUUACGACCCACGGCGAAUUGACAUGAGUGACCGCGAACAGGCUCUUCGGAAUAGGAUACGCCGUCAAGAGGAGCUGAGAGCUAUGACGGAAUGCGUGAACGAUCUAACGGAUAUGGACAGUGCCAGGAACACACUGCGCACCAGCUUGCGCAACCUGGACGAUGAGGUGCUUGGCCUCAGUCACCGCGUAGACGACAUGAGGCAGCUCCACUCGACAGAGCGCCAGCUGAAUAUUGACAACGAAGUUGAACUCGACAUGUUGAGGGCACAACUUGCUGCUCGGAGGAGUCAUUCUCGAGCUCGCUCCAUCGUUCUGGAUGAAGAUGACGAGUACGAUGAAAUAAUAAGUUGCAGGAAGCCGAAGCAGGCGAUACUCUUGCCGAGGCGCGAGAGAGUGACCACCAAGCCCAGGGAGCCACUCCUGCGGGAGGAAGUGAUCUCGGACGUGUAUGCUCGUGUCCUCAACAAAGCCGGGGAACUGGGAACUCGAACUAGUGAACAGCGAAGGAUCAACAGUCGAGCACGCUUCGUUAACGUGUUCAAACCUCGUCCCGACACGGCCGACCGCGAGUUGCUGGUGCCUCCCUCCCGCACAGAGAUGAACAUCGACUACAUGGCCAAGACUCUGGCUACUAAAGGCACGUGUCAACGUCGCUACGACAUCGACGUUGAAGUGGACGCUCCUCGCUCCAGCAUCAACACCAACGCAUUCAAGGACUACUGUGAGCUGAGAGCCAGGAAGCCCAUCGAGGAGCACCCAUCCCUGAGCAACCGCGUCAGGUAUGCCACCAUCCGCGCCCGCGCUAGGAGCACCCUGCUAGGCUACUAGACCACGCUACUGCCCGCCACAGAAACCAAUUUUCACAGACGCCUCCUUCUCGCCAAUGAUGUGGAAAAUCCUGCUGCACGCUACCACCUGACAACACUUGUUUCCCCCUUUGAGAGAGCACCAAGACAAACACCCCCCCACAGGAACCAUCUCCCAAAAGUUCGCUCAAAACUCCAAGUUUCUGAAAAGCAAAACACAAGAAGAUGCCCUCCGGACAAAUCAAAUUCUCCCACAACACGUGCAUAUAUAUGUGUUGCCGACAGAAACACCUGUGAGCGAAGCCGUGGCUGAAGAUAACACCAGUGGGAAAAAUAGCCUGGGGCCGGCAGUGCGAGAGAUGUGGGGGGGUAGGGGGUUAGUGCCUGUGUGGAGACCGGCCACGUAGAGCUCCUCAUAUGGAGGGACUCGUCGCCACCAGUCUAGCCAGUGUUCUCUCCUGCUCUGUUGUCAGAACGAACUUAAUACAACAAUACGAGUAACCGACGAAGUUUUUCGAAGUAUUUCUGUUUCAUUUUUACGAUACUCUUGUUUAAGAUUUAUUUACUUUCCCGCGCGUUCCAACAUUAUAUUACAAAUGUAAUGUUCUAAAAAGACCGCCACUAUUUUAUGUUUAUACAAUAAUACUCGGUAUUCAUAUUUCAGUAUAUUAUCUAUCCAUUUUUAUUUAUUUGUGUAUUUACUUUUGUUCACGCAUUAUAUCAUUAUACAGUGAUAUAUAAAUAAAGAAUGAUAAAAACAGAA